AUGGACGAAGCCACUCGCCCCGAUACAGUAAAGAUGAACGCCAAGUUCCAGCUAGACGGGCUUUCUUCCCUCCCUAUGCAUCCUCCGGAUUCAAACCCCCUCCCCACCCCAGUUGUCAGCUCGGUCUGGCUUGAACAAGGUGAAUAUUUUUUCGAUGAUGAGUUUGCUGUGACAUAUGAUACUAACUUGGUGGAUCCCUGUGAUGGAAAUCCGUCAUCUUGCAUGACCCAGUCAUUGGGCAUCGCUCCGGCCACGCACGGUCCUCUCCAACUUGAUCAAUCCCGGUCCGAUUCGUGCAUAUUCACCCCUGGUGACUCUGGAGAGAGUGGCUUAGCCAGCGCCCAGACUGAACAAACUCAAUCAUCUGGAGAAGCCGAUCCUUCACGAUUGAAUAAUAAGAGUAUCAAAGGGUUCACGCAACAUUCUCAGUGCAUGAAUAAAGCCGCUAUCUUGCCAACAAUGAAUGGAAUUGUUUCACCUGCUAAAGAGCCAGUUACUGGUGAUUUAUUAAAUUCUAAGACGGACAAAGCGCCUCGACCUAACCAAAAUGGUGUUGUAGAUAUGGAGCCGUCCUCACAGAAUGUAUUGGCUAAUGGAAACUCCGUCAGUGGUUCCCAAGCUUCUGGUCAGUCUGGUUCUACUAGUUGGAUGCAAAUGAUUAUGGAAAGAUCUUGCAACCCGGAUUUAAAAGCACUUCUAAACCGAACUGCUGCUGCUGUAGAUUACAAGCUUGCUUAUGCGGAGACGUUUCCCACUGACUGUUCACUUAGCUCAAGUAUAAAACAACUGGGUCAGGACAAACAUCCACUUCUGUGUAACACGGGCACAUGUGGAUUGAGUCGCUCUUUGAGUCAAGGUAACCUCCUGACGGUUGCCGGUCUGGCUGGAUUACGUCACGCUUUAAAUCAAGCUGCUCAGUAUCUUCCCAAAGGAACAGCUCAAGUGCGUUCAGUUGGUGUUACUGCAGAAUUGACGUCUGGAGGUAACUCAGAAGCAGCUACCGGCACAUCCAGCUGUGCAGAGGUGAACACUUCUAAGACAACCACUUGGGCUCAGAAACACGGCAGUCGAGAAAGUCUGAAGCGCAAAACGAAUAAGCAGAAUGAUGCCAUGGCAGGUCCAUCUCCUUCCUCUGUGCCUUUGGCGAAUAAGACGAAUCCAGAAACUUCCAAUCCGUGGCGUGAAAUGAAAAAAGCAAGUGGUACACUUAUUACAUGGAAUCAGCUUAAGCGCACCAUCAAGGGGAAUCACACAGGAUUGGAAAGAGCUACAACGUUUAGAGAAAGUCGAAGAGAGCAGCAUCAAAACGCUGCAGUAAAGAAUGACAAUGAUUUGAAUGACGUGACAAAUCCCCUCCCUGCAGAGACCGGGGCAGCCGUCCGUUCCCGGUCACAACCUGUUUCCUCCGGGCAUUAUAUGCACAGAUUUUCCGGGACUCUUUUGGAAAUCUUUAUGCGAGCCAAAGCAGAAGAAAUGAACUUUUUAAAUCCAGCCGUUGAUGAAUCGGGUGUUCCAAGAGGUCAUGCAGUUAGUUUGGAUCAAACUUAUGAUACUCCGGUGACUAUUCCUUCGAGUGACAAAUUACAUCGUCGUAAGGUGUUGGUGUUGCCAACAUCAGGUCGUGGUGUCUCGGGUUCAGAUCUCGUGAAUUCAAGGUCCGAAUCAGAUAAGCACCCAUUGCUUCGUGGUGACCGUAUUCUUCCACAGAAGUGGCACCCACAGACAUCAUCUACCGCUCAAACGGAACCUAACAGCGGAAAACGACUCGUAUGUAAUUUUGGCGCCCAGUUUCCCCCUCCGUCUGGUUCUGAAGAAGGUUUCGCUUCUGGACUGAAUGGUGCGCUUACCUCUCCCCAGUCGCCGAAUUGCACAUCGCCCAUCUGGUCCAAUGGUUUGCCUGUUCGGCGUAGCAACGCAGCGCGUUAUCCUCCCAACCGUCACAGUCAUCCUCGGAAUCCUUCCCUACCCGGCCGUCCACAAUCGUUUGCUUUUAAUAAACCAAUGUCCAACAGACAUAUGCCGGGACCUGCAGUGGAAGCACAAUCGUCUUCAGGAGCACCGCUUGGUAUUGCGGCAUGUUUAACAGCAUCUGCUGGUCCGGAUUCCCCAUACAUGGCUGCUUUGCGCGCAGACUAUGUGGCUGAUGGUUACUCGGCAGGCUGGUUGGGUAAUCCAAGAGCUUCGAUCGCUUACCCUGGUCUUGGAUUGCUUUCUAUACCACGACCGUCACGCCUCACCAGUGCCUCGUUUCUUUCACACACACUACCGGAUUUAUCAUUUUUAACUCAAGCUGCCGAGGAGGAGGAACGCAAAGGAACACCAACUAUGCCCAAACGCCUAGCAGAUUGUCGCUGUUUAAGUCGUGAUAAAGCUGAGCAUUGCUGCGCUCGUUGUGGAUGCCGGUCUCUGUCCGUUGGUCGCGCCCAGAAAUGCAAGCACAAACAACGGCGUACAUCCGCCAAGUCUACUAUUCAUCGAGAAAAUGAUGUCCCUUCAGGAUCUAGUGAAUUCAGUGAGGAACAUGGUACCAAAGUACGUAUGCGUGGACUUAAGGCGAGAAUCAGUGACCCACCACCUGUGAUACCAGACCUGGUUAUGGGUCAUAAAGGCAGCACACCGGAAGGACCAAGGACAGGCGCCACUGGACCCCGUAAUCCAGUUUCGAGCCUGUGUCACGUCGACCGAUCCACAUCUGAACCUGAUCUGAACGCAGCUGUGCUGAAUUCCACAGUGCCUAAUCCGGAUUCCGAGUCUACUCCGGACGGGUCUUACAGCCGACCGAACGCGUUAAUGACUUCAAGUACCCAGGAGUGCUAUGGUUGGGACUCCUACAAGAGUCAUGACGACGGUCUUUUCAGUUUCUCCCGCCCCAAAAAGAGUGUAAGCUUUAGUGGGAAGAUUCGUUUGCUUCGACUUCAGGGUUUGGCAGGUGAAGAUGAUGACUAUUCUCCAGCAUCACCCGAACCGAGAUUAAUCCCUCGGAACUGGGGCCUUUACGGUCAAGAGACCCCGUUGGCCGAGUUCAAUCCACGCAAUAGCCCUGGACGGGACACAAUCCACGGAAAUGAAUUAGCUCAACAGUCAGAUGUAGAUAUUCGCUACCACGGUCCCCAUUUGACCGGAGUCACUUACUACAUCCUGAACGAUGCCGUGUCGCAAGUCAAAGCUCUCACCAAUGUGACCUUGGAGAAAGCCAAAUUCAAGGCGUUUAUUUGCGCCUGUCUCAAUAUCGGAACGUACGGGAAUCUGACUCGCCACAAAAUCAGAUCAUCAUUGUCACCUCAGUGUCGCUCCUCUCAGCGUGGAUUGCAUGCAGAUCUAAUGACUCAUUUGGAACAACUCCUGGCGUUUCCGUUUGCAUUGGAUCUGGCUGUAGAGGCACGUAAACCGCUUGUCGACACAAGCACAGUCCCAAAACCGUCCAACUCAACUGGUGAUGCAAAUGGGCAGCGUGCUCAGGCAACAACCGCUACCAAUACCAACAAUGCGGCAAACAAUCAUCCUAUAUCUGCGACAAAUGGAGAGGUAGCGGGCAGUACCGCUGGACAGUCAAGCAAGGUCAUGCCGAGACCCGCCAUUCCACCUUCAAUUGUGACAAAGCGCAAACAACUGGUACCCACUCAUGGAGCGAUACCUAAUCGGGCUCGUUUUUCCCCACCUCCAUCUACGGCGAGUGCACAAAAUCCAACAAUUCACCACUAUCCUCAGCACCAUCUACCCGGUCAGCGAACUUCUGCUGCGGCUAAUCGCAUCGGUGCUCCCUCUCGUCUGUCGCGUCCCGGAACUCAUCGAUUAGGGGAGGAUUCCGGAGCGAGCAGUGCGUCCUCUGAACCACAUACCAAUGUUGAUAUCAAAAGCAACCAGUUGCGCAAUUCCAGCUCGGGGGCCAGUUCCACCAACGGUUCUAAUCCAUCUACACGUGGUCGUCUCAAAACCGCCCUUUCCACAUUUCGCCGCACAACGCCAACACAAAACAACUCAACUCCCUCAAAACCCACAACGAACAACACAGGAAAUAACAACAACCGUCCCGGUCACGCUCCGAUGAUCGAUUCCCAAUCAGCCAAGCCGAACGGGUCAGAUGCAUCAUCGUCAAAUACCGCGGCCUCAUCUGCCUCAAAAACUGCGUCCAAGCUAAAACAACCCUCCACAAUUGUCGGGCGCCGCUAA